AUGUUGAUAAUAACAAAUCAAUUCUAUUUGCAAAUCAAUUGUGUAAUGUUAGAUAUGUUGAUUAAUGUUCUAAUUUCAACUAAUGAUUGGCUUUAUGGAUGUGUUGCUAUUGAACGGUUAUUAACUGUUUCAAAAGGUAUUAAAUUUGAUCAAAAUAAAAGUAAAAGAUUUGCAAAAUGGAUUAGUUUAUGUAUAUUUCUAAUGGCAAUCUUGACACGUAUUCAAGAUCCUAUUCAUCGUCAAUUGGUCGAUGAUAUUGAUGUUGACCAACGACGAACAUGGUGUAUUGUGGAAUAUUCUUCUACUUUAAAUGUAUUUAAUAUUUGUAUUAUUCUUUUUCAUUUUCUUAUUCCUUUUUUGAUUAAUUUAAUCUCAACAAUCAUGAUUAUUUUACUAAUGGCUCGUUCACGUUCAACAAUUCAAAAUUUAACAACGUUCAACGAGCAUUUAAAACAACAAUUUCACAAAUAUAAACAUCAUUUCAUUGCACUAUGUCUCUUAUUAAUUUUAACUUUACCACGUCUUAUCAUUUCGUUUAUUAGUGGAUGCAUGAAAUCAUCAACAAAUCCGUGGUUAUUUCUUCUCGGUUAUUUUCUUUCAUUUAUUCCAUCAAUGAUGACAUUUUUUGUGUUUGUAUUAACAGCAGAAAAAUAUAAAGAAGAAUUUAACACAGCUGUACAACGAACUAUUCGACAAAUUCGCACUCGAUUUAACUAA